AUGCUUUCUCAGCUUUUUAUUCUUUCUGCCAGAGGUGAUACAAUUAUUACUCGUGACUUCCGAGGCGAUCUAGUCCGAGGAACUAACGAAAUUUUCUUCAGAAAAGCCAAAUUUUGGAAAGGUGACCCACCCCCAGCAUUUAAUAUCGAAGGAAUCAACUUUCUUCACAUAAAGCGAAAUGGCCUUUACCUCGUCGUCACGACUCUUCACAAUGUAUCACCAUCCUACGUUUUUGACUUACUCUACAGACUUGUCACAGUAAUUAAAGACUUCUGUGGCGUUUUAACUGAAGAAAGCAUAAGGAAAAACUUUGUCCUCGUCUAUGAGAUUAUUGACGAAAUAAUCGACUAUGGCUACCCACAAAGUACUUCUGCUGAACAAGUGAGGCCAUAUAUAGUAAACGAGCCAGUUGCUAUAGCCCAAUCCACUCCUUUGUUCAAGGCAAACCCUUUUUCUAACACAGUCCCACAUGCAGCAGCUCAGCGUCCACUUUCGAAUAAAAAACAAAAAAACGAGAUUUUUGUCGAUAUUUUAGAAAAAGUCUCAGUUUUGUUCAACUCAAAUGGAUAUAUAUUGAACUCGUCAAUAGAUGGCUGUAUACAGAUGAAAUCUUAUUUGUAUGGAAAUCCGCAGCUUAGAUUAGCAUUGAAUGAAAUUUUUUAUUUUUUUUUAAAUUUUUUUUUUUAGUAUUUAUUUUAGGUUUUUUUUAUGGUCUGUGAAUGAAGACUUAGUUAUUGGUAGAGGAAGCGGGAAUUAUGGAAGUGUGGUGCUUGAUGACUGCAAUUUUCAUGAGUGUGUAAGCUCUAGUGAAUUUAAUGAAUUCAAGAUCCUUACAAUUAAUCCUCCAGAUGGGGAAUUUAUAGCAAUGAACUAUAGAAUCAGAGGAGAUUAUCAGACACCUUUUAGGAUUUUCCCAUUUGUGGAGACAAUUACUCCUUAUAAGGUGGAAUUUUUAGUGAAAAUUAAGUCGUGCUUCCCUGAAGGACAGUUUGGGACAAAUGUGUCGGUAAAGUUUAAUUUGCCAAAAACUACAGCCUCAGUCGCAUUUGAAAUGCCUAGCAAACUUAGCGGCCAACAAUCAGAAUAUCGGGAUCAAGAAAAACUCGCAGAAUGGACCAUUAAAAAGUUCCCAGGAAACGCUGAAUACGCAUUAAAAACUAAAAUCAGCCUUAGUGCGCCUGCUACCACAAAAGAAAUUGGGCCUAUCUCAAUGCAGUUUGAAAUCCCAAUGUACAAUGCCUCAAACAUGCAAGUGAAAUACCUCAGAAUUGCUGACCAAGGAAAAGUCCCAACUCCAAACAGAUGGGUAAGAUAUGUGACACAAGCAAGCUCAUAUGUCUGCAGAGUCUAA